AAAAAAACAUAUAACGAGAAAGGGUGACAUGAAGAAUUAGAAGUUGUGUGGUAGCCAAGGAUGACUUGCCUGCGUCUUGAACCAUAUUUAUCAGAGACUUGAUCAACAGUCUCUGAGUUUGGUUAUUCGUUAGGCAGUCUCCUUGGCUAUUCAGACACUUCUCUUUCUCCUCAUUUCACAUUUCUUUCUUUUUUUCAAAGACAAAACACCAAAAUAGUAGGCAAUUGAUUGUUGUUGGCCACUAAACUAUUUUCUUUUUUCUGGCUGGUCUUUAUAUUGAUGUUAUAGUAAACGAAACAAAGUUUUGGGAUCUCGUAUGAGAUUGGGGUGGACUUUGUCCAUCUAUAAGCAUUGAGGCGGGUUUGAUAAUAGAAGAGAUCACUUGUUUUGUAACAACAGAGUUUUGGACAACGAAAGAGGCCAAAACAAGCUGUCUAUUUCCGUUAACCACUUCUAAAACCAAAGAGCUUUGACCCAAAGACCACCGAAGAAAACAGAACACUGUACAAACUUCUCCUCUUCUGAUCUCGUUUAGUGAAGAGAGGAGAGAAAAGUCAGAGGCCAUGAUGGCGGGUCGUAGAGACAGAACACAACAGCUCCGUGGAUCUCGAAUCGCGAUCGCCAUCCUCGUCGGUAUCAUCAUCGGCUGCGUAUGCGCCGUUAUGUUCCCAAACGGCUUCUUCAACUCAACAAACUCCUCUCUCACCGUUAACGAACGCGUCCAGGUUGGAUCAUCCUCUUGUGAAUCCUCCAAGACGCUGAAGUCAGACUUCGCAUCUCUCUCAGAGAAGAACAAUAAGCUAAAGAAACAGAUCAAAGAGCUAACGGAGAAGCUUCGUUUAGCAGCAGAACAAGGAUCAGACAAUGCAAAGAAACAGGUUCUGUCUUUAGGAUCAUCAUCACAGAUAAAGCCUGGUCCUUUCGGAACCGUCAAGAGCCUAAGAACAAACCCAACAAUCCUCCCGGACGAAUCUGUAAACCCAAGACUCGCGAAGAUCCUAAAGAACAUCGCUGUGGAUAACAAAGAGGUCAUCGUGGCUCUCGCAAACGCUAACGUGAAAGCGAUGCUAGAGGUCCAGAUCGCUAGCGUGAAGAGACUGAGCAUAAAAAACUACCUGGUCGUGGCACUGGACGAUUACAUAGAGAGUUUCUGUAAACAAAACGACGUUGCUUAUUACAAGAGAGACCCGGACGAGGACGUGGACGCUGUCGGGAAAACAGGAGGCAACCACGCCGUCUCCGGCCUCAAGUUCCGUGUCCUACGAGAGUUCUUGCAGCUAGGCUACGGCGUUCUCCUCUCGGACGUGGACAUCGUCUUCCUGCGGAACCCGUUCGGUCAUCUCUACAGAGACUCUGACGUUGAGUCGAUGAGCGAUGGGCAUAGCAACAUGACGGCUUACGGGUUCAACGAUGUCUUUGAUGAGCCGGCCAUGGGGUGGGCUAGGUACGCUCACACCAUGAGGAUAUGGGUUUUCAACUCGGGUUUUUUCUAUCUCAGGCCCACGGUCGCUUCGAUAGAGCUGCUGGAUCGGGUUGCGGAUAGGUUAUCCAAGGGGAAACUGUGGGACCAGGCGGUUUUUAAUGAGGAGUUGUUUUAUCCGUCGCGUCCUGAGUAUGUUGGACUGCAUGCUUCGAAGAGGGUGAUGGAUAUGUAUGAGUUUAUGAACAGUAAGGUUCUUUUCAAGACUGUUAGGAAGAGUGAGGAGCUGAAGAAGAAGGUGAAGCCUGUGAUUGUUCAUGUGAAUUAUCAUCCGGAUAAGCUUGAUAGAAUGAGAGCAGUGGUUGAGUUUUAUGUGAAUGGUAAGCAAGAUGCUCUUGAUAGCUUCCCAGAUGGUUCUGAAUGAAUUCAUUCACCUGAAAAGCAGUGUAGGCUCAUGUUUAGUGCUCCAUUUUUUUUAUUGUAUUAUGAGUUUUAUGUAACUUCUAGCUCUGUUUCAUCAUUUAGUAUUAUCUCAAGUUUGAA